AUGAUCCAUCGGCCAUUCAGAACAUCGCCCAUUCAUGAUGCCCAUCGUUUGCAACCUGGAACUUGUCGUUACGGAUCACCUCACUGAGCAACACUGGAUCAUGUAGAUAAGUUUCCCUCGCGUUCGUCGUCCAACAUGACAUCUCUCAGAACCUCGAUGGCCCACUUGGAGUUUGGCCCUUAGGGCUUCGCAGCGUGCUCCUCUGAUUGGUAGAAAUCCCCUCAUGCGCCCGCUAGCUAGAACCUUGCCAGACUCGCGCUCUCCUGUGCCUUUCUUCCUCUUCUCUACCGCUUCCCAACAUUAGCAAGACAGCUAAUCUUCGGUAGAGAACAGUCCGUCCAGCCGUGCCACGUUCGUCUCGUCAGACCUCGUCCGUACCGCCUCACGACCUCUCCGCCCGGACCGUCCGUUGCAACCCAGCCACGUCGACGCUCCCACAGUAGCCCUAGCGGUCGCUACGCCAACCUCCCAAGGUCCUGCAGCCUACAAACAACAUUCACCGCCUCGCGACUUCUCGACCGGGGAGCACUUUGCUACGUCGUCCUGCCUCGCAACUGUGAGGAAUCCACUCUCCGCUCGGCUCAGGACUUAGGCGCGCGGAGCGAACCGGGCGCGGACUUAGGCGCGCGGAGUGAGCCGGGCGCCCCGGCCCAGGACUUAGGCGCGCGAAGCGAGCCUGGGACUUAG